CGGCGGGCAGCACAGAGAGUGUGGGUGCCACGUCAUUUGUGCCUGAUAACAGCCGAUCGAUACGCAAUGUGCUCGGGCCUCGGUGGUGCGGCGGCCUGCUCGGCGGCCUCAGUCGCGCCGCCCCAGCAGAAGCAACAGGCUCUCUCUCGCGCUCUCUCCAAUCUCGGCGGCCCCGCAGCCUCCGGUUUCAUGUGACCGCGGCGGCCAGCACAGCCUCACAGCACAAUCUGUCUCCUAUCAUCAUGGUGGACCUGAGCAGCAGCCGGGACAGCUGGACGUGUCCGAACGACCGGCAGCUGGCCUUGCGGGCGAAGCUGCAAACGGGAUGGUCGGUGAAGACACACUCUCUGCACUCACUGUCAAAAAAGCCAGCAGCCUUGAACGAACAAGAGAAGCAGAUCAUUCUUGACGUCAUCAAGCGAGCCGAAACCCUGGAGAAAACCGAGCAGCAGAGAAUAGGGCGAUUAGUGCACCACGUGGAUAGCAUGAAGAAAAAUGCUCUGGGCGACGGCACGAGCAAAUGCGUCCUGUGCGGCGACACCUUCGGCUUCCUGGGGCCGACUGCGUCGCUGUGCAAAGACUGCAAAAAGGCCGCGUGCCAAAAGUGCGGCGUCGAGGAGAGCGCCAGCACAUCAGGGAUACGCUUCCACGCUUCCAGCUCCUCCAACUGGCUGUGCAAAAUUUGUGCUGAAACGCGCGAGAUGUGGAAAAAGUCUGGUGCCUGGUUUUUCAAGAUCAAAAUAGAUCCAGCCGAUUAUAAAUUCGAAGAGACGGAUUCCGAUUCUAUUGAUUGGGUCCCCCUUAGCCCCCACGGCAUGCCGAAAUACGAACUGCCUGAAGCAGGCACUAUGAAUGGAAGGCUGGGUAGACUUUUCAGACCAUCAGUAAUCAAUCCAUUACAAAGAGCUUCAAUCGCAGAAGAGAGCAGCUCCGAGGAGGAGCAAGCCAUUCAGCCGCUGCCUCCAUCCGCCGCCACCAGACACGCACCCCUGUCGCACGUUCACUCCGUUUCAUCUGUAAACAGUGUACCUUCCCGAAGAGAAAGUAGCAUUUCCCAGCAUCAGUGGCCGUCGGAGGAAGGCUCCAGUUCCGUCACCUCGUCCGACCGCGCUUGCAGUGUUUAUUCAGAGGUCGAGGACGACGUCAUAAUUGACGAAGUUUAUUUGGGAAGCAUGGAGUUCGCCGUGACCUUCGACCCUGAGACGAACACGCUGCACUGCGGACUGAUUCGCGCCAAGGGUCUCAGGGCGAUGGAUGUCAACGGACUGAGCGACUCUUACUGCCGAGCUCAACUGCUGCCAGCGAGUGGAAAGGCAGUCACGCCGCUAAGGACCAAAACUGUGCACAAAUCAAGGGACCCAGAAUUCAACGAGACUCUCGCCUGGUUCCACGUGACCCCGGCUGAUAGUUUGAGAAAAACACUGCAUAUUGUGAUCUACGACGAGGACAAGUACGGGGAUGAAGCUUUAGGGGCGGCGAGGCUUCAUUUGGCCAGACUGACGCCGGGCAGAAUGAGUCACUUCAACGUAUUUUUGGAGAAGCCUUAUCCAGAUGAGGUUAGCGCCGACGAGGGACCAGGAAGGGGUCGGAUUUUGAUAGCUCUGAAUUACGUCACGCGGAGGAAAGCCCUCACUGUCGGGAUCAUCAGGUGUGCGGGACUGUUGGCUAUGGACUCGAAUGGAACAUCUGAUCCAUUCGUUAAAAUGCAACUGAAAGACGACCCUCAGCGACGCAAGUACAAAACGGCCAUCAAAUGGAGAAACCUGAAUCCGGAGUUUUGCGAGCAAUUCACGUUUGAAAUCAAGUUGAGCGAGUUGUCGAGCAAGACGCUGGUGUUCUCGGUUUGGGACAAGGACCUCGGCAAGUCAGACGACUACCUAGGUGGGCUCGAGUUGGGGUUCAGCUCGAAAGGCGACCGCCUACGCCACUGGACGGACACAAUCAAGUUCCCCGACAGGAGGCACGAGAGGUGGCACAAUCUAUGUGGACAGCUCGUUGGAGAAUGAGCUGAUUUCUCUCCUCGCUCCCCGAUCUCCACUCACUUCCUCGCCGAUCAAAGUCCUGAUAAUUUGCCGUCACGUCACUUAGAACAAUUGUUUUUUCAUCGGUUUAUCGAUUUUCUUAUUGCCUCUGUAACGAGGCCUUUGGUUAAAACGCUUGACUAUUAAUACACGCGUGCUUGAAAUAUGGAAAUCAGGACGAAGCAAGUCCUUUCACACUCUUCCCAACUGAAAAAAUACGCAUUCGACCCCAAAACAUCGCUCAGAUUCCCACAUUGCGAUAAUGCGAGCCAAAUGGCUUAGUUGAACGUUUGAGAAUCUAGUCAGUGCCAAAAUUGAGAUAUUAUUUUUCCUUUUAAAAUUUUGAAAAAUUGGUGAGGUUUAAAAAUUAUUAUGUAGAGAAAUACGUAAAACUAAAAAUAUGUAUCUGCUUCACGCUUUACCAAAUCUAAUUUUUAUAUUGAAAUAGCUUCUUAGCUCUCCUAUUGAGCAAUCAAUUUAACUGUCAAUCAAAAAGAGUCGUAUUUACAACGCAAAGUUUUUAAAAACGGUUCUUCACAAUCAGCAAUUUUUAAAUAUACACAUACUGUUCAAAUCUUGGUUGGUUCUUGAUAGUUUAGUGUAGCAAACCGUAGCGAAAUUUAUUUCAGAGCCUCCCCGUGAUGUGUACGGUGAUUUGAGUGUGGUAGGUUUUUAGACAAACGACCGAAAUUUUUGAAUGAAAAAAGCACUGAAUAUUUUUAGACAAAAUUGAAUCAUUUCGAUUAUUGGCCUUGCUCCUGAGUGAAAAACGCGACUAAUGUAUCAAUCAGCACAUACAUAUUCAUGUGUGUCUACCUAACGAGCUCCGUAGCAUAGUAUAUUCAAAAGGUCUCUAGCGACAACUUUCUCAAGGCUAGAAUCAACUCAGUUUCGUGGCGUUAACAAUUUUUUUGCGUUGAUCAUGAAAUCAGAAGCUCGCGUUAUAAUUUGCACGUCUCCACCAACAUAACUUUUCAUAAAUUGAUAAAGAUCGAGUUUUUAUGUCUUCUCCGCAACAGUUGGCGCGAGCUGCAAACUGGUUUCGCUGCGGAUAUAUCAGAGUGGGCGUGCGAAACAUCAGCAACACGUAAUCGCAGUCCUUUGUGUAUCUGUUGCGGGAUAUUUGGAGCCGCAGGCUCUCUUUAUCCCUGCCCGAUCACAACGCAAACACUGCAAUUGAGGACGAAAUCAGAUUUUGCGAAACUCGAGUUUGUUUAUCCUCUGGGCCAAAUUUGCACAAAAAAAUCGUACCUUGUGUUCUUGACACAUAGACUUUGCGAAAACUUUUCGAAUUUAUCUCCGACUGUCUUGCUCUGGCGUCCAUUUAGAGAAAAAAGGAAUGUGCAGGGUGAUAAAUCGCAGUCGCGUGUAUAUUCUAUAAAUUCAUGUCUAUAUUCUCCUAUCGAUGCUGCUGUCUUUUGCCAUUUAUAAUACACUGUCAAACUGCAUAGAAUAAAGAAAUAAAAACACUGAA